AUGGAGAAGGAACUGUUGCUACGUGUGCAGCAGAAGUUGGAUACGAUGACGAAACCCAUCGCAGAAACAUCGCUGUUGGUGCGUACGAUGCAGCACCGACUCAGUGUAUGGAGCAGACCGCAUGAAGUCCUGUGGCCGUUGGCGCUGGUGUGGCUGGGUCUGAUUUCCGUGUGGCUGGUGUACAAGGGCACGAGCGCCGUCGUACACCGCGGUGCCCACAAGUGA